UACCCCCCCUUGCCAAAAACCCAGCCCUGUUGCUGCUUCCGCCGCUUUCGUGCUGGUUCGAUGUUCAUCGGAGGGGUGCAUCAUUAAGCUUUUGGAACAGCCUCAUAUUUUGCGAUUUUUCAUUCCACCGCUCCUUCUUCCAUUUUUCUUCACACCAAUUUGGAGAACGGAAAAUACCCCCAAGUGUUUGCUCACGCCUACCUUUAAUCACCUACAUUAACAUUCGUCUGUGUAUUCUAGCACUUUGUUGCUAUCCUCCCCUCUCCCUCUCUCCCACCUUAAACAACUACCCGCCACCGAAAAAUAUCCCACUUCCGCCAACAUCAUGGCACAAGUCACCCCCGAAGUUCUAUGGGCUCAGCGCUCCUCUAACACCGACCCCGAAAAGAACUUCAUCUACCUCACCAUCUCGGUUCCCGAUGUUCCUAAGGAGAACCUGAAGCUUGACCUUCAGCCUACGACCCUUACUUUCACCGGUCAUUCCGACACUCUCAAGAGAACGUACCACCUAGACCUUACUUUCUACGCUGAGAUCGACCCCGCGGAGAGCAAGACCCAUCACACUGCCCGCAAUGUCGAGCUGAAGCUUCGCAAGAAGGACCUCAACGAAGAAUACUGGCCGCGACUCCUUAAGGAGUCCAAGAAGGUUCAGUUCCUCAAGACUGACUUCGACAAGUGGGUCGAUGAGGAUGAGCAGAACGAAGCGCCUGAGGAUGACUUCUCCCAAUUCGGUGGCAUGGGUGGCAUGCCAGGCAUGGGAGGUAUGGGUGGUGGCGACUUUAGCGGCAUUGACUUCUCCAAGCUUGGCGGUGGUGAUCUCCCUACUGGCGGCGAGGAGGAGGAAGAUGACUCCGACGAUGACGACAUGCCCGCUCUUGAAGGCGAAGAAGAUGGCAAGGACAAGGAACCAGCUAAGGCGUAAACACGGUCUCUAUGUGCUGUAAAAGCAUCAACCCUUCCUCAGCUACCUCGUGCAAGGUCCAUUCGUCUGUCCUACUAGGUCUCGAAUACGCCUUCAGACGCAUGGAGGAGAAUUAGCAAGUGGUAAUGCUGCUCAGAGAUGUUUCGGAAGCUGGCGAAC